AUGUACAACAAUGAAGAUGGGGUUAUGAUGGAAGGUAACUGCUUCAAUUUUGCCACUGCUCUUGAAGCAUGUACUCUUUUGUCAGCAUUGGGGCUGGGAAAACAAGUACAUGGUAAAUUGAUUCGGUCGAGAGUCAAUAUUGAUAUCAACAAUGUGGUUGUUGGGACAGCUCUGAUCAACAUGUACUCAAAGUUUGGUAGUUUAAACUAUGCACAAAGAGUAUUUGACUGGAUGUUGGAAAAGAAUGUAAUCGCAUGGACAUUGAUGAUAACUGGCUAUGCCAUUCAUGGUAUUGGUUCACAGGCCCUUGAGAUUUUCCGGCAAAUGUUGGAAACAGGGAUGGGAUACUUCAAACAAAAGAGGGACAAAUAUGGGAUAUUCCCAAUAGUUGAUCAUUAUACUUGUGUGGUUGAUUUGUUGGAAAGAGAUGGGAGGCUCACUGAAGCAAGGAAUUUAUUGGAUGAAGUUGGGGAUGGAGUCAUUAGUGAUGACUCAUCUGGUGAAACAAUUUUGGGUGCAUUUCUGGGGGCUUGCAGGUUGCAUGGAGAUGUGGAAAUGGGAAGCAAGGUAGCUCAGUAG